AUGCCUUCUUACCUAGGUCAGCAAGGUUUUAUGACGUUUUAUUCUCGACUAUUUGCACUUGACUAAUAGACCAGGAUUUCCUGUUAUGCUGCAUAACAUGUUCAAUGUGCUUAUUAGUUAUUUAAGUCUCUUUUUUCGUUUCUUUCAUCAGCGUCGUCUCCUUCGACAGACCGCUCAUUCGAGGUGGAAAGGGAGAAAGAGGAGGAGAAAAUUAGUGGACAUAAAGAAGAACUUCCAUCAAAUUCCCACACUUCUGAUUCUGAAGCUAAGGACGGCGGUAAUUUUAUUUUUUACUUUAUCCCAUUUUGGCCAGUGUUAAAUUUUCCUUAGCCAAAACUUUUCGCCUUGUUUGUUUUCCCUGUCUUCCUCGGUGUGAUUGUUAUGUCGGUCUUUUUAUGUUUCUCGUCAUCUUGAGUGCACCCAUAAUUUUGCGAGUUGCUUGUCGUGUAAAUUGGCUCUUUCUUGAACGGGAAGUUUAAGGACAUGAAUAGGUAUUAGUUCAAAUCAGAUUGCCCAUUGAGCCACACUCUCCAAAUGGUUAGUUUCUCUCGUCUUAGAUUAGGAAGUAUCCCUUAGACGCGCCUGUAAUACUGACUACCUUGCCGAAAUUACCCUGUUAUAUUUCGGAUUCGACAUGAUGUCAGCUUUUAAAUAUGCUGCUUUUCAAUAUCCUGUACAAACUAUACUCGCUUUAAAAGUGACUGCUUAAGUAGCAGGCAUUUUUUUUACUGAUUUUCGAUGGCCUAGCAAAUUCAACAAUAUUUUAUAGAAGUCGCAAAAAAUUAUGCUUUCUAUUAGUUGUUUAGUAGAGAAUAACGUCGUCCUUAUAUUUAAUUCUGGAAGAAGGGGCAUAAUUAUGUUUAAAAAGGUUUCUUAAUUCUCGAAUAAUUUGCAGCCUGAUCUGUCGUUGCAUGAGUGCUUAGUGAUUUUAGCGCACAAUUUGCAAGCUUUCUGUGCCUUUAAAAUGACAUCAUAUAAAGUGCAUGACAUUUUUCAAUGGAUUCGGACAAUUAUGUGCAUUUCAUAAGGGCAGUGGUGAACGGACAGGUACGAUGCUAUAUGAAAAAUCUCAUAAUAAAUAAUUUUCGAAACCAAAUUAUACCUUCACAUCGUAAAUAAAAUAUAAAUAAAGCGUAAUAAUUACCAAACGACUGAAAAAGCAUAGUUUCCCUGACUCCACAAAAAAUAUUUGAAUUUGCAAGGCCAACGAAAAUCAAGGGGAAAAUGCGUGCUACUUAUAUAGUCCUUUUGUACAUUGGACUGAAAAGCAACAGAUUCAAAAGCCAACACCCUGCGAGUCCGAAAUAAUAGAAAGUUGCCGCAAGAUAAUCAGUGUUGUAAGCGUUCCUAAGUAAUUAUUCCUAAUUAAAGACGCAUUUUAGAAUUUCAGCAAAUAUUUCAUGAGAUCCGUCAUUUACUGUAUGUCAAUAGCACUGAUUUAUUGAUAAAAAUGGGCUCACUAAUGCAAAAAACACUGUAUAGUAGACUACCGCUUUUUCCAACUGACGUGGCCCAACGCUUUAGUCAAAAUAAUGUUGGAUAUAAUUCUUUAUGCUGGCGAAAUAACCGUCAUUCCUAGUGAAUCGGAAUGCUCCUAAAUGUUUCUUUUUAGCCUGACAAUAACAGGAGGAUAAAUAAGCCUUACUAGGCAAUGAUUUUCUUGCACUUAGACCUAGAAUCGUCCGACAGAAUUGUCUUCCCGUUUCUAGAAUUGCCCGUAACUGAAGAAAUGGGCAACAUGUCCAACCAGACAGUCCCGCAUGAAUCUCCCGAUCAACCGAAUUCUUCGAAAGUCAUGAAAGGUUCAUUUAUUUCUCUCGGCGGCUUCUUUCUUCUAUGGUUGUCCUUGAUGGUCAUACUCUGA